UCAAUUUCUUGAAUACAUACACUACUCUUACAGAAAAACUCCACAUCAAUUCACUAUCGCCAUUAAUACCACCAUGUCUGCCCUCAAAUACGUCAACAAGCUCCAAGGCAAGCGUGUCCUUGUCAUUGGAGGCUCUUCCGGUGUAGGCUUUUGCGUUGCAGAAGCAGCUCUCGAGCACGGAGCCCAGGUCAUCAUCAGCAGCUCCAACCAAGCCAAGUUGGACAAGGCCGUCUCCCGGCUCAGCGAGCACAUCAAGGCAGCCAACCUCGGAGAUGCGGACAAGCUGCUCUCCUCCAAGACGUGCGAUCUUGGAAACCCCGAUACGAUUGAUGAAAGUGUUGUUCAACUCUUGGAAUUUGCUACCAAAGAUGGGAAGCUGGACCAUGUAGUCCACACUGCUGGAGAUGCCCUCAACACCACAAGUCUUAAGGAGAUCACCGUCAAGGAUAUCAACGCCCUCUCUCAAGUUCGCAACAAUGGUGCCAUUAUCAUUGCAAAGCACUUGGAAAAGUACAUUAACCAGAGCGUGCAAAGCUCAUUUACCUUAACUGGCGGAACAAACACCUGGCGCCCGCUGCCCAAUUGGUCCAUCAUCGCUGCAAGCGGAGGCGCCACCGAAGCUCUUGCCCGUGGACUUGCCGUCGAUAUUCGUCCCGUGAGAUGCAACUGUGUGCAGCUCGGUGCUGUUGAAACGGAGCUGUUUGACAUGAUUCCGAAGGAACACAGGGAGGCAGUGCUAGAUAGCUUCAGGAAGGAAGCCAUUACGGGCACGAUUGCUUCGCCUCAAGAAGUUGCAGAGGCUUAUGUUUAUUCGAUGAAGGAUACUUUUGCCACUGCAGCAAUUAUUGGAACUCAUGGAGGUCGCCUUGUUGGUGACAGCAAGAGCCCGGUCGGGUUUGCCUAAGGGAAUCGGGAAGCGAGAGUGGUGGUGUGUGAAAGGGUAUUGUAUACUACAGAAUCUCAUUAAGCCAUAGAUACGCGAUAGCUUUCCCAAAUAUUUGUUAU